CCGGAGUGUUCCGAAUCCGUAACGCGGCCGCUGGUGGGAGGGUGUAGCUGAAAGGAAUAACGCUCGCGCGGUUUACAAAAUACACAAUCGGGCAGCGAAACUACGGGCAGAAGGAAACCGAAAGAGCACGAAAGAGAACGUGACAGUGCCCGUGCCUGUGAGUGAGUGAAAGAGAUCGGAAGGGAAGGCAGCGAAAAGCGAAAGCUCAAAGGUAACGCGAAGCGCCACCGAAAGAGAGCGGGAACAAACGCGGUCAAUCUCUGCGUGUCGUGCAUUGCGCGAGGUUACCACGUGCCAAAGCGAGAGAGUGAAAGAGAUUCACAAGCGAACAAAAAUACGUCCAUUUAUCCAUCCAGCCUCCAGGCAGGCCCGCCAGCCAGCAAGCCAGCUUUCGUACUGGCGCGUACUGUGUGCUUGUGUUUACCAUUUUUUGUGUGUUCCUCGUCCGUCGUCUAUUGCACCACGAUUCGUGCGUCCAUUGUAAACACGCGCGAGGGGGGAGUGCAAGAGCUGGACGCUGACGCGGACGCUUUCGAAGGGAGUCGAAAUUCCAAUCUAUUUUCCUGCCGGGAGGCUGGUGAUUGAGCGUUGAGACCGCAAGAAACAAAAUUAUCUUCCCGGUUGGAGUACAGCGGGCGGCGCGUGCACGGUCAGCCAUGGCCUUGGAGAUGGAGUCGCUGCAGACGCAGAUCCAGGCGGAACCCCCGUUCUGUCGGUUGUGCUUCUCGACCGCCUGCGAACUGUACGAGCUCUUCCCGAACGCGGGCAACGAAAACGAAUCUCUGCUUAUCAAAAUACUCGAGGUUGUGCCCAUAGCGAUAAGCUUCGAGGAGGAUAUAAAUUCCUACAUCUGCGGCAAAUGCGUCACACUAGUGGAGGAGUUUUACGAGUACAGGGAGAAGGUGAAGGAGAACGAUGCCCUGUUGCGCGAGAAGCGCAAGUCGGUGGAUCACGCAACCAUCUACAACGUGGUCAGCAUGCAGCCGGACGCGACGCACAGCAGCAGCCCGAACGGUGGCACCAACGGAGGAUCCGAGCUUGGCGGCGCAGGUGGUGGUGCAGGCGGUGGCGGUCUUGAUGAGUCGCAGGUUGGCCUCGAACAGCGCAUAUCACUCGAGGGUGGUCCACCGCUUAACGGUAACAUUUUGGAGUUCAAAAAACAACUUUUCACGGCCUCUCCGACCCAAAUGGGCGUUUGGUUGUGUGUGGCGUCGGCUAGUGACAUCCAGUGUCCGGCAGCCAUCGAAGUGGACGACAAUAUACAGGUGGUCGCAGAAAUCGGCCAACACAAUCAUGGACUGCCGGUGUCGGUGGCAGAAAACCCGAUGGAUAAUCCAAAACAUUCGCAACAACAGCAGCAGCAGCAGCAACAGCAACAACAACACCAACAGCAACAAGCGUCCGUAGAUACCGGGACCUGUGUCGUGGUCAACACGGGCGGAUCACCCGACGGCCUCUUGUCGCCCUGUCCUGCACCGGUAACUACGUCCUCGGUCGGGAGCACUCCCAACACCUCCACCGGCAAGUCGUCCUCGUCGAAGAAGAAAAAAUCGCGCGACCAGCCGUCGAAGCGAAAAGUUUCCAACGACAUCCUGGUAGGCGACGGUUGGUUGAUCGACACUACGAACUACAAGCGUAACCACUAUCAGCUGGUCACGAAGGAUGGCUACCAAACGUUCCUCAUCUACAACGGCUACCGAUUCCGUACGCAGCAGAAAAUACGCAACGGCAUUGCGGCGUGGAAGUGCGCGUGGAACGGGCGGAAGGGAUGCCAGGCUAUAUUGCACAUCACGGAGGACUACCAGAAGGUGAAAGAAGUCGGUUCGCCGCACAAUCACGAUCCGUCACUGCGGGAUCGCAUCAUCUCGAACAAACCUUCCAACGGUAGCGGUUCCGAUCAGAGUAUGAUCAUGCAGUCGGACGGCGAAGAGAUGAGCGAGUUGCACAAAAUCACCACCACGAGUGGCGGUGCCGUUCUCGCGCAUCCCGGCAGCUCUUCCACCACGCUUGCCGGCGAAACGGUAGCGCUGACCGGGGGCGGCGGCACGAUAACGAUCACCGGUUCGACAUCAACGACGACGACAGCUUCACACGGCAUAACGAACAACGCUUCACUUGACCUCAGUUCGGACAUGGAUUUCGUGCAGCAGAACAGUAGCAGCGGUAGCGAAUUGAUCACCACACCCGGUUCGUCCGGCUCGGCCGAUCAUCAGCCGACGGCACAACACCACCACCACCAAACACAGCACCAACACGGGCAUCAUCAGCACCAUUCGCACCACGGUCACCACCAUCACCACGAGGUGGUGGGCGGCGGCGGGAUGGACGAGGUGGUCAAGGAAGAAAGUACGAUGUCCAUGGACAUCGAGGAAAUCAUUCGUCCGCAUGUCGUGCCACAUCCGGUCAACGAGUAAUUUUGAUGGACGUUGUCUCGCCAUGAAACACGAAGACACAGGCUAAACAAUGGGGCCGAUGCCUUUUCAGAACGGGAAACUGAUUUCGUGUUUAUUAUUUUCUGCUAGCAAAGCAGAUCAAUGUUUUAACGGGAGGCUGCUCGGUGGUACCGGUGGACGAACCUGCGAGUCGCUGUUUGGCUCGACGCGGCACGUUGGAAUUGUGGUUAACAUUUUCCUUUUUCUAUAUAAUUUACACUUACGAUAACAGUACUGCUUUUCCCCUUGUGGCCCCCAGAAAUACUGUACGGGGAGUAUUUUGACCGGAGAGAGACCGGCCCACGUAUAAAGACUCCACAAGACCACGCCGCUACUCUCUCCAUUUUCCCUAAGAAACAAAAAAAAAUCACCGACCGCGCGUUGGCCACAGCGUGUUGGACACGCGAGAAGCAAUGGCUGGCGGAUGUUUGUAAUUUUUUCUCCUUUGUUUUUCACUAACUCUACUCUCGUUGGGCGCGCGAAACGUUAGCAACUUAGCGUAGAUGGGUAACUUUUAAACACAAUGUAAAAGAACAGCAAAAAAAGAAACUAGAACCGCCGGGCAUAUGUGUAUUGUAUAAGAAGCUAGGAUAGACCCACCACGAUUAUUUCCAGGCCGAGACAUGUUUUAUUUUGCUAGGUAAAGGAUUUUUCAUACUUUUGACUUUUUUCCGACUCCCCCUCAGUAACAUUUCAUUUUAAUAGUUUCUCUUAGACCAUAAGUGCGAGAAAUCCAGCAUAGGUGUUAAGAAGCCGAUAAAAGUGAAGAACGAAAAAGGACCUAUACAUAUAGUUAUAUAUGAUCAUGAGUAUAAAUAUAUAAAUAUAUAUAUACACAUAGAAAUUGCGGAACAUGCUAAUUAACAAGUAACGUGUAAGGAUUGAUGGUACACUUUUCGCCAAAAGAAACACGAAAGCAAACAAACCAUUUGCUGCGGCACAAACCAACACACACAUC